UGAGGCGUCGUGAUGUGUGGGGACUGUGUGGAGAAGGAAUAUCCCAAUCGGGGUAAUACCUGCUUGGAGAAUGGAUCUUUCUUACUGAACUUUACAGGCUGUGCAGUAUGCAACAAGCGGGAUUUUAUGCUGAUCACAAACAAAUCCUUGAAAGAAGAAGAUGGAGAAGAAAUAGUUACCUAUGAUCAUUUGUGUAAGAAUUGUCAUCAUGUAAUAGCCAGGCACGAGUACACAUUCAGCAUCAUGGAUGAAUUUCAGGAAUAUACCAUGCUGUGUCUGUUAUGUGGCAAAGCCGAAGAUACUGUCAGCAUUCUCCCUGAUGACCCCCGGCAGAGGACUCUGUUAUUCUAAGCAUCCUUCUUCUGUUCUGUUGUAAUUAUGUCUGGUUGGUUUACAAUACCAGCAAGCCUGAUGGUUUGUUUUACUUAGUUUCUAUUGAAAAUUCUUUGCUUUUUUUUUUCAGCUUGAACUUAUCUAUUCUUUGAAAGAGAAAGUAAUUUAGGGGAUUGCUGCUCUCUAAGGCUGGGCUCUUCUGUUGAUGAUAUUCCUAGUUCAUAUUAGUGCAACCAAAAUCAAGUGUCUUUAUUAGCUGUUUUGUGGCUUAAAAAAAAAUUCACUAGAAUGAGAACCUAAAAUCUUGAUUUCUAAUGCCAUUUUCUGAGAAAAGGAACCAGGGGUUCCUGGAGAAAUGGCUGAUUCUAGGAGGGCAGGAAUUAUGCAAGAUAUGCCUGGAACAUCUUGUAGUGCCACAAAGUAAGGAAGUGUCAAAACAAAACAAAUAACAACAACAACAACAAAAACCCCACAAUGAUAAGAAUGUAUCACAGGGCUAUAGGAGCCAAUUGAAAGAAUUUCCAAUGAUGAGAGCUGGGACAAUUUUAGCAAUAGACUAAAGUAGUGUUGGAUUAUAACCCAAAUUAUAAAAUAAAUAUGAGUCCAUACUGAUACAAAAAAAUGAUCAAAUGAAUAAAUAAAUGGGGAGAAUAGACCAAUAUCCCAUGCAGUAGAAUUCCAAAUAAUUUAUGCAGUAUUCCACUCCUAAGGAGGUGGAACAUAACUCCCCACUUCUUAAGUGUGGACUGCACACAGUGACUUCCUUCCAAAGAGUACCAUAUGGAAAGGUGGGGAGCAAAAGAGUAACUUCAUAGUAGAGAAAACUAAUAAACUACCUCAGCCAGGUGAUCAUGGUUAAAAGCAUCAAUGAUAAGUCAUGUUGAUGGCAUGUACUCUUGAUACGAUAUGAGAAGGGCACUUUAUCUUUGUGGUCUUUUUCCCCAAAACCUAAAAUCCCAGUCUCAUCAUGAGAAAAACAUCAGACAAAUCCCAUUUGAGUGGCAUGCCACAAAGUAGCUGACCAGUACUCAAAACUGUGAAGGUCAUCAAAAACAAGGAAAGUCUGAGAAACUGUCACAGCCAAGAAGAGCUUGAGACAUGGUGACUAAAUGUAA